AUGGUGGAGGACGGCGCGGAGGAGCUGGACGACCUGGUGCACUUCUCCGUGUCCGAGUUGCCCAGUCGCGGCUACGGCGUCAUGGAGGAGAUCCGCCGGCAGGGCAAGCUGUGCGACGUGACGCUCAAGAUUGGGGACCACAAGUUCAGCGCUCACCGAAUCGUCUUAGCAGCCUCCAUCCCAUACUUCCACGCGAUGUUCACCAAUGACAUGAUGGAGUGCAAGCAGGACGAGAUUGUGAUGCAGGGAAUGGACCCCAGCGCCCUGGAGGCUCUCAUCAACUUUGCCUACAACGGCCACCUCGCUAUCGACCAGCAGAACGUCCAGUCGUUGCUGAUGGGGGCGAGCUUCCUGCAGCUGCAGAGCAUCAAAGACGCCUGCUGCGCCUUCCUCCAGGAGCGGCUUCACCCCAAGAAUUGCCUGGGCGUGCGCCAGUUUGCGGAGACGAUGAUGUGUUCCGUGCUGUACGAGGCGGCCAGCAGCUUCGUGCACCAGCACUUCGUGGAGGUGUCCGUGUCGGAGGAGUUCCUGGGCCUGCCCCUGGAGGACGUGCUGGAGCUGGUGUCGCGGGACGAGCUGAACGUCUCGUCCGAGGAGCAGGUCUUCGAAGCCGCGCUGGCCUGGGUCAGGUACGACCGGGAGCAGCGGGGGCCCUGCCUGCCGGAGCUGCUGUCCAACAUCCGGCUGCCCCUCUGCCGGCCCCAGUUCCUGUCGGACCGCGUGCAGCAGGAGGACCUGGUGCGAUGCUGCCACAAGUGCCGGGACCUGGUGGACGAAGCAAAGGACUACCACCUCAUGCCGGAGCGCCGGCCCCACCUGCCGGCUUUCCGGACGCGGCCUCGCUGCUGCACGUCCAUCGCCGGGCUCAUCUACGCCGUGGGAGGCCUCAACUCAGCAGGUGACUCCCUGAACGUGGUGGAAGUGUUCGACCCCCUCGCCAACCGCUGGGAGAAGUGCCAGCCCAUGACGACCGCCCGCAGCCGCGUCGGCGUGGCCGUGGUGAACGGGCUGCUCUACGCCAUCGGGGGCUACGACGGGCAGCUGCGGCUGAGCACCGUGGAGGUCUACAACCCCGAGACGGACACGUGGGCCCGGGCGGGGAGCAUGAACAGCAAGAGAAGCGCCAUGGGGACGGUCGUGCUGGACGGGCAGAUCUACGUCUGUGGGGGCUACGACGGCAACUCUUCCCUCAGCUCCGUGGAGACCUACUCGCCCGAGACGGACAAGUGGACAGUGGUGACCCCGAUGAGCUCCAGCCGCAGUGCCGCCGGGGUCACCGUCUUCGAGGGCAGGAUACACGUGUCCGGCGGCCACGACGGCCUGCAGAUCUUCAGCAGCGUGGAGCACUACAACCAGCACACGGCCACCUGGCACCCCGCGGCCGGCAUGCUCAGCAAGCGCUGCCGGCACGGGGCGGCCGCCCUGGGCAGCCGGCUGCUCGUGUGCGGCGGCUACGACGGCUCCGGCUUCCUCAGCAGCGCCGAGGUGUACAGCGCCGAGGCCGGCCAGUGGAGCCUCGUGGCGCCCAUGCUCUCACGCCGCAGCCGCGUGUCCCUGGUGGCCAGCUGCGGCCGGCUCUACGCCGUGGGCGGCUACGACGGGCAGUCCAACCUCAGCUCCGUGGAGGCGUACGACCCGGAGGCGGACGGCUGGACGCUCACCGCCCCCAUGGCCUGCCACGAGGGCGGGGUCGGGGUGGGCUGCGUCCCUCUCCCCGCCGUCUGA